CUUCUUUCAUUCAUGAAACAAACAGUAUCUCUUACUUUGUCCCUCUUUUCCCCCCUCCAUUUUCUACACAGCAAACACCUGAGAUUGAUUUUCAUCCCUCCACCAUGUGCCUCUAAUGUCUGUUCCCUGCGAACCCUUGGACAGCGAACGCUUUUUCGCUCUUUUAACUAUAUAGUGCAGCAGUGGCGUUAGGAAAGAUUCCACCUUUCUCUGGACAUUGGAAACCAGCCCCAUCCAUGGCUCUGCAGGUCUUGGGAAUCACUCUUUCAAUGAUUGGCUUUGCAGGAACCAUCAUCAUCUGUGCUCUGCCCAUGUGGAAGGUAACCGCCUUCAUCGGCACAAACAUUGUGGUGGCACAGGUCUUCUGGGAAGGAUUGUGGAUGACGUGCGUGUACGAGCGCAUUGGCCAGAUGCAGUGUAAACUGUACGAUGCCCUGCUGGAUUUGGAUCCUUCCCUACAGGCGUCGCGUGGGCUAAUGGUGACCACCAUGGCUUUGGCCUGCUUGGCUUUCCUCAUUUUUCUGAUUGGGGCUGAUUGCACCAACUGCCUAAGUAACCCACGCGCCAAAGCACGGAUUGUGGUGGUAUCUGGGAUUACCUUUAUGCUUUCUGGACUGACUACUGUGGUGCCUGUGUCCUGGACAGCCGACUCCAUUAUAAGAGACUUCCAUAAUCCCAUAGUGCAUGAAGCACUAAAGAGAGAGAUGGGGGCAGCCCUGUAUGUGGGCUGGGUGACAGCGGGCUUUCUGUUCGUUGGUGGAGCCGUUCUCUGCACCAGCUGCCCACCAGAGCGGGACAACUAUUCCCCUAGAUACACCUUAACAAAAUCUGACACCCACAGUGGCUACGCCAUAAAGAACUACGUCUGAUAUACAGCACAUGCCUCUGAGUAAAGCGGACACACUGGUCAAAUACAAAAGUGAUACGUCAUAAUGUACAAGUGUUAAACGAAACACUUCAUCAGAUCCUAAAGAUUUGCUAAUUAAGAAAAGUGGGAUUUUUAAGUGAUUAAACAUCUCUCUCUCU